AAGGUCAGCUUCAAUUUGACUCUGUACAAAGCCAACAAAGACACACAGAGAGAGACCAAAGACAAAAGAAAGCCUCGAAUUGAUCGAUCUAUCUUCUAUUCAAACCAGAAUUGUUCAUAACCCAUUGUCCUGUUUCCUUUUGAAAAAAACCGAAGGAUUAAUUAACAAAAAAAAAGGUGUGGAAGAGAAGAUGAUUCUGGAGGAGAGAGAUGCAUCGGAUUGGAUCUACAGAGGCGAAGGAGGUGCCAAUCUCGUCCUCGCUUACGCUGGAUCCUCUCCUCUCUUCGUGGGGAAAGUGAUUCGUAUACAAAAGGCUCCAAAAACUGAUAAAUCAAACGGUGUUGUUGCGUCUGUUUUAACAACCGAUGAGCAGCUUCUGUGGAAGGAAUCCAAAGAGCUAAUUUCAUCACCAAACAAGGAAGUUGUUGAACAAAGAUAUGUUAAGGAUGUGAUUAUUCCACUCUUGGGCCCUAAACAUAUAGACGCUGGAGUACGUGUUUCUGUGUCAAAGGAGUUUCUAGAAUCUGUUGAUAAGAAAGUUACUAAGCAGCGUCCACCGUGGCGUGUUAAUGCAGCUAAUGUUGAUACUAGUCAUGACUCUGCUCUUAUUUUGAAUGAUCAUUCACUUUUUUCUCAAGGGGUUUCUGGUGGUGGUGGUGGUGGUGACUGCUUAAGUGUUGAAAUAAAGCCCAAAUGUGGAUUUCUUCCAACCUCAAGGUUCAUAAGUGAAGAAAACAAGCUCAAAAGAGGUGUCAGCCGUUUCAAAAUGCACCAACUCCUAAAGUUGGAACAAAACGAGAUAUCUGAAGUAAGUGAAUAUGAUCCUCUUGAUCUAUUCUCUGGAUCCAAAGAUAGAGUAUCAGAAGCUAUAAAAGCCUUAUACUCUAUCCCACAGAACAAUUUCCGCGUGUUCUUGAACGGUUCUCUCGUUCUAGGCGGCUCUGGUGAGAGCACAGGAAGAACCAGCCCUGAAACUGCACACGCCUUCGAAGAAGCACUCAAAGGCUUCAUCCAAUCAGAUGAUGGUGUUAGGACAAAAUGCUUUCUACAGCUAGUAUCUGAUACCGUCUAUGAUUCAGGAGUGCUUGAUAAGCUUCUUGAAGUUCAGAAGCUGGACAAGUUAGACAUUGAAGGAGCGAUUCAUUGUUAUUACAAUAUAAUCAACCAGCCUUGUCCUAUAUGUAAAGAUCCUGGAGUGUUGGAGGAGGAGGAGUUUCUGCAUGGUUUACCUUUAGAUGAAAGCUUGAAGAUCGUCAAGGACUAUCUGAUUGCUGCAACUGCCAAGGACUGUAGUCUUAUGAUCAGUUUUAGAUUGAGGAAUGCGUGGGAUUCAUCAGAACCUUCUUGUGAUGCCGUCUGUCUAAGAUCGACCAAUCAGACAUUUGAUUACAAGGUACAUUUCAUUGAUUUAAGCUUGAAACCAUUGAAGAGAAUGGAGGCAUACUACAAACUGGAUAACAAGAUCAUUAGUUUCUACACUCGGAAGCAGAACGGAGAAGACAAAGUCAGCGAUCCAAAACGUUCAGAUAACUAAGUCAUGGAUUGUCUCAACACCACGAGUUUGUUUGUUUGUUUAUUUUUUUUGCUGUUAUUAAAAGAUAAAAACGAAACCCAAAAGGUGACUGUUCAUUUACAUGCAUCAAAUGUUGGGUUUAUUAAACCCUAUCAACCAAUACUAGUUUGAUAUUUUAUAGUUCAUUAAGUAAAAUUAAUGGAAGUUAG